GCCUCUUGUGCUUUGUACGCGCGACAGCUGGGCUGGAAAGGGAGUGCGCGCGGGGGUCCCUGGUGAGCUGAAGGCUCCGGGAACCUUGGACGCCUGAGUAAGCUCGUGUCGCCGUCGCCUCCUUCUCCUCGGGAGAGAGUGUAUGAUGGCGGCAGCGGCUGGCCCGGCAGUGGUGGUAGAGGUGAGCAUGAGCAGCACCGGGAGCAGCAGCAGCGACACUUCCAGCACGAGCGAGGAGGAGAGGAUGAGGCGCCUCUUCCAGACCUGCGAUGGGGACGGCGACGGCUAUAUCAGCAGGAAUGACUUGCUGAUGGUAUGUCGCCAACUGAACAUGGAAGAGUCUGUGGUUGAGAUCAUGCAUCAGCUUGGUGCGGAUGAACAUGGAAAAAUUUCCUUUCAAGAUUUCACACGAUGUCGUAUGCAGCUUGUGCGAGAAAUCAGGAAGGAAGAAGUGGAACUUUCUGUGAAGUUGGAUGACUCAUGUAAAAAGAAAACAUUAAGAGAUAGAAUAGCUUCAUGGCCAACCAGCAGCGAUAACAGUUUGGGUACCCUUUCUGGAGCUAGAGAGAGUUGGGAAUAUGAUUCCGGAGCUAGAGAUCUUCAGAGCCCUGACUUGCAUAGUCGUUCAACUCCACAGAAGCUUUUUGAAUAUGGAGGCAAUGCUAUGAAUCAACAACAAGUUGCCCUUCAAAGGCUGCUUACACAGGCCUCCAAUCUUAGCAAUUCAGUUAGAGGAAGUUAUCUGGAACUUGCCAACACUAGUACAUGA